AUGGCUGAUCUUGCCUUUCCUUUGGCAACCAAACUCAUUGAAAAGCUCGGGUCCAUUACUUCUGAGCAGAUCUGCUUGGCAUGGGGCGUUAAAGCUGAUCUGAAAAAGCUUCAGCGCACGAUGUCCAUCAUCAAAGAUGUUCUCUUGGAUGCCGAACAAAAGCAAGAACAUAACCAGCAGAUACGCAGUUGGCUAAGACAGCUUAAAGAUGUAUUUCUCGAUGCCGAGGACUUGUUGGAUGAGUUUGAGUGCGAAGCUUUGCGGAGGGAAGUGGUGGAAACAUUUCAUGGCACAACUCGAAAGGUACACCGUUUCUUCUCUCGUUCUAACCCAAUUGCAUUCCGUUUGAGAGUAGGUCAUGAAAUCAAGGAGAUUAGAGAGAGGUUAGAUGAGCUCAAGUCCAAUAAGGCUAUAUUUGAUUCUCUCACUAGUAUUGAUCAUCAUGGAGGUAGUGGUGAUCAUCAUGAAAGAGUGAAUGUGACCCACUCCUUCGUUCGUGCUUCAAAGGUUAUUGGUAGAGAGUCUGAGAAGAAACAAAUUAUAAAUCUCUUGAUCGAACAAGGUGAUGAUAAUCAAAGUGGGAAUGGGAAUGUCUCUGUUAUUCCUAUAGUGGGGAUUGGAGGUUUAGGGAAGACCACGCUUGCCAAGUUGGUGUACGAUGAUGAAAGGGUCGUUGGGCAUUUCGAAAAGAGGAUGUGGGUGUCUGUUUCAGUGGACUUUGAAAUUACUAGAUUGAUAAAGAUGAUUCUUAGUUCUGCAUCAGAUACAGAGAUGAGUGAUAAAUUGAGUCUGGAUCAGUUGCAAGGAAGGCUACGUCGUGCUUUAAAGGAUAAGAAAUUUUUGCUUGUUUUGGAUGAUGUUUGGAAUGAGGAUCGUAUUAAAUGGAGUGAGUUGAGAGAUUUAUUGAUAGAGGGAACCAAGUCAGGAAGUAAGAUUUUAGUGACGACUAGAAAUACCUCGGUUGCUGAGAUGAUGGGUACCAUUCCAACAAACAUUAAUUUACAAUCUCUUUCAUUUGAGGAUUGUUUGUCUUUGUUUGUAGAAUGUGCUUUUAAAGAGGGACGUGAUAAAAACUAUCCUAACCUCUUUGAAAUGGGAAAGGAUAUUGUUAGAAAGUGCGGAGGGGUUCCAUUGGCAGUGAAAACUUUAGGGAGUCAACUACACUCAAAGACUGAUGAACGGGAAUGGAAAUUGGUGAGAGAUUCUGAGAUAUGGGAAUUGAAACAAGAAGAUGCUGGUCACAUUUUACCUGCAUUGAAAUUGAGUUAUACCCAAUUGCCUCCUCAUUUGAGACAAUGUCUUGCUUAUUGUUCCCAUCUACUAAAGGAUAGGAUUGAGUUUAAUAGUGUAACCUUGAUCAGAUAUUGGAUGGCACAUGGAAUCCUUGAUCAAUCUCGUGUUCAUGGGAAUAUGGAGUUGGAAGACAUCGGAGAGCUAUAUUUUAAAGAUUUAUGGGCAAGAUCCUUUUUUCAAAACGUUAUUGAUUGUCAUGCGCUCUACAUAUUUGAUAUGCAUGAUCUUAUCCAUGAUCUUGUACAAUCAAUUGCACAAGGUGAGUGUUUUACAGUGAAGUCUGCAAACACCAAAGAUAUAUAUGAAAAUGUCAGACAUUUGAUAUUUUUGGAAGCUGGCCAAAAUAUUUCAACAACCUUGCAAAAGUUGAACAAAGUGCGGACUAUAGAAGCAGUCCAAAUAGAGAUUGAUGAAUCCUUCCUGUGCACUUGCUUCUCAAGAUUCAAAUAUUUGCGAGUGGUUGAGUUACCUAGGAUGUUCAUUACAAGUGUUGCCAAGUUCCAUUGGUUCCCUGAAACAUUUGAGAUAUCUGAACUUGUGUUGAUAAUGAAGCAAUAA